AUGAGAAGUGAUUUUGAAAAACCAGAUAAAAAUUCAGAUACAUUAUUUUAGAUUAUUUAAUUCUAAAAUAUAAAACAUAAAGAAUUUAAAUUCCAAUUCAAACUAACUCCAAGGAGUGGAACUGACCGAGCAAUCUUCAAUUUAACAUUUGAGUUAAACGUAAUUUAAAGAGUUACUUGUACUGGAUAAAUAAAUAAUAUAUCAAAAUGGGGAAAUAUGAUCUGUAGAUGUGAACUGUACUUAGAAUUAUUAAAUUAGUCUCACAUGUUCAUCAUUUCCAAAUCUGACCCUAACUUUAGAAUUUAAAAUAAUUGCACAAGUUAGAUAGACCUAAAAGAUUAUUAUAAAUUUGAACGUCUGAAAUUCGAUUACUUAUAUUAAAAACUAGAUAUCUAUUUUUUUUAAGAGACCAAUCACAUGAUCUAGUCAUCCAAUAAUAUUCCAAAAUAAAUGAAAAAUUAGUUAAACUUAAUAUAGUCUUUAUUUUCAUUUGAUAAAAAUUACUUUAAAAAACUUUAUUCAAUAGACCAAUUGUCAAUCUAACUUCUAAAUAAUCAUUCAAUAUAAAGAUUAUUAACAACACUUUUCAACCGUAGAAAUGUUUCCACAAAAUUUGUAUCCUUUAAUUAAAUACUAUGUAAGUCCGACAAUAAUGUGUCAUCUGUACAUCAGAAAUAAGUUAAUUAGGAACAAAAUCCAAUAGCUCCUAUUCUAACUUAACAAUGA